AUGGCAGCUAUAUCGAUAACGGGAAUGGGAAUGAGAAAGCAGCACAAAGUCAAGCCUCGAAUUGAAAACCUACUAGCGAUCAAGGCAGAGGGAGGCGUAGGGCAAGAGCGCAGCUUGGACCCGGGAUUCCUCAGUCUUCAUCCUGGACGAGGGCACGAUAACAGGGCUGCUAACGGCCCAGGAUUUAUAAAUAGGGGUCUGAGUUGGCUACGCCUGUUGACUCCGUGGGCAUCCCCCUUUUUCACCGUCGGGGACUUCGCCGUUCUGGAGGCGUUCUGCCCCACAGUUGCCCAGGCGCCGGCACACAGUGGCAGCCACUCGCUGAUCAGCUCGGAGUCUCCACUCACUAAACUGAGUUCUCCCUUCUCCCUUGGAGCCCGUGCUUGCUUUUCCCUGUUGAGUUUUGAGUCCGCAGAGUCCGCCGAGUCCGCCGAGUCCGCCGAGUUCGCUGAGUUCUCUGAGUUCGCUGAGUCCCCUGGCGGCGCUGGGCCUUUUCGAGAGCACUUUGAGCCUAAGUAA